UCACCUCUGAACAGGAGCCCACCCUCCACCCCUGACACCAUGACCCACUGCUGCUCCCCUUGCUGCCAGCCUACGUGCUGCAGGACCACCUGCUGCAGGACCACUUGCUGGAAGCCCACCUGUGUGACCAGCUGCAGCAGCACACCCUGCUGCCAGCCCUCCUGCUGUGUGUCCAGCUGCUGCCAGCCUUGCUGCCGCCCAACUUGCUGUCAAAACACCUGCUGCAGGACCACCUGCUGCCAGCCCACCUGUGUGUCCAGCUGCUGCCAGCCUUGCUGCCACCCAACUUGCUGUCAAAACACCUGCUGCAGGACCACCUGCUGCCAGCCCCUCUGUGUGACAUGCUGCAGCCAGCCCACCUGUGUGACCAGCUGCUGCCAGCCCUGCUGCCGCCCAGCCAGCUGUGAGACGACCUGCUGCAGGACCACCUGCUGCCAGCCCACCUGUGUGUCCAGCUGCUGCCAACCUUCCUGGUGCUGA